AUGAUUACCCUAUUCCCAACUCCUGACGUACCUCUACGACCUCGAACACGCCUCCAAGAUUCCCCUCAAACUUACGAACACACGAAAUCGACCGUAACCCCUCCGCAGAAGCCACCCACGAUCCCAGUUGCCUUGAACUUCUUGCCCGCUUUGCACCAUUCAUUUACAUCCAACUCCGACCCCUAUCGUUCAUAUCAGGACCGGCCUAUGUCAAACCUGGUCAAUCUCUACUUUCUAUAG